AUGACCUGGACGCGCCCCAACUCGUACUCGCACUUCCGCCAGCCGGCGACGACCGCCAAUUCGCUCUACGCCAAGCACCUCGAGAAGGACUCGUGCGGCGUCGGCCUCCUCGCCCACCUCAAGAAGCAGCCGUCGCGCAAGGUUGUCGUCGAAGCCAACGACAUGCUUGUGCGCAUGAGCCAUCGCGGCGGCUGCGGCUGUGAUCCCGCCUCCGGCGACGGCGCUGGCAUGCUUGUUGGGAUGCCGCACUCGUUCAUGGGCCGCGUCGCCCGCGAAGGCCAGUUUGGUGCACCGCUCACGCAGCCGCUCACGCCCGAGCGCUACGCGGUCGGCAACAUCUUCUUCCGCAAGGACCGCGACAUCUCGAGCAGCAAGGCGCAGUUUGACGCGCUCGCGGAAGAACUCAACUUGGCGUCCUUGGGCUGGCGCGUCGUGCCGACGGUCAACGAUGCGCUCGGCGCGACGUCCAAGGCGUCCGAGCCGCACAUUGAGCAAGUGCUCGUCGUCCCGCCCGAGUCCAUGUCAACGUCGGACUUUGAGAAGGAGCUGCUCCGAUUGCGUGUCGUGGGCACGGCUCGGAACGACGCCAGCGAGAUGUAUGUGUGCUCGCUCUCCAACCAAACGAUCACGUACAAGGGCCAGCUCACGCCGUCCCAGCUCCUCCCGUACUACAAGGACCUCCAGACGGACGACUUUGCGUCGCACGUCGCGAUGGUGCACUCGCGCUUCAGCACCAACACGUUCCCGUCCUGGGACCGCGCGCAGCCCAACCGCGUCAUGUGCCACAACGGCGAAAUCAACACGCUCCGCGGCAACAAGAACUGGAUGUUUGCCCGCGGCUCCAAGGCCCACAACAAGUACUUUGGCCAAGCGACCGCGUCGCUCUUGCCCGUCUGCUCGGACGGCAUGAGCGACUCGGGCAACUUUGACUCGGCGCUCGAACUGCUCUCGAAGGCCAGCUCGUGCGAUCGCACGCUGCCGGAAACCAUGAUGAUGAUGAUCCCGGAGGCGUGGCAGAACAACCCGCACCUCUCACCCGAGAAGCGCGCCAUGUACCAGUACAACGCCUGCCUCAUGGAGCCGUGGGACGGCCCGGCCAUGAUUGCUUUCUGCGACGGCAAGUCGGUCGGUGCGUCGCUCGACCGGAAUGGUCUCCGUCCGUCGCGCUAUUAUGUGACCAAAGACGGCCACGUGGCGCUCUCGAGCGAAGUCGGUGUUCUCGAAGACUUGGCCGAAGCCGACGUGGUCUCCAAGCACCGGCUUGAGCCCGGCAAGAUGUUUUACGUCGACUUUGACCAAGGCCGCAUCGUCUCGGACGAAGAGAUCAAAAAACAAGUGGCGACGAGCCGGCCGUUUGGCGAGUGGGUCCAGAAAAACAUGGUGUCGCUGCAGUCGCUGCCCGUGCCGUCGCCGGCGGCGCCCAUGCGCGUCUCCAAGGACGCUCUUCGGCGCCUGACCAUGUUUGGCUUUACAACCGAGACGAUGGACAUGCUUCUCAUGCCCAUGGGGCUCAACCACAAGGAACCGCUCGGUUCGAUGGGCAACGACGCGCCGCUCGCCGUGCUCUCGGAGCUCCCGAAGGCGCCGGCCGAGUACUUCAAACAGCUCUUUGCCCAAGUGACCAACCCGCCGAUUGACCCGAUCCGCGAAGAGCUCGUCAUGAGUCUCCAGUGCCCCGUCGGACCGGAAGAAAAUAUUUUGGACGCGACGCCCCAACACGCGUCACGCCUCAUUGUCGAGCACCCGGUGCUGACGCUGGACGACGUGCACAAGCUCAAGACGACAACGCACCCGAAAUGGGCGGCCACGACGCUCGAUGCGACCUUUGCCGUCAACAGCGGCCCGCGCGGCCUCGCCGACGCCCUCGACCGGCUCUGCGAAGACGCGACGACCGCUGUGGCGCAGGGCAAGUCGGCGCUCCUCUUUUCCGAUGUUCGCGCGGGCGACGGGCGGCUUCCGAUUCCGUCGCUCCUCGUCGUCGGUGCUGUGCACCAGCACCUCUUGCAGACGCAGCAGCGCACGUCAGUGGCGCUCUUUGUCGAGGCCGGCGAUGCCAAGGAAGUCCACGACUUUGCGACGCUCCUCGGCUUUGGCGCCGAUGCCGUGUGCCCCCACAUGGCGUACGAGGCCCUCGCCCACAUGAAGGACGAAGGUUUGCUCAAGGCGUAUGCCAAGCGCGACCUGUCGAACGAAGAGCUCCAGCUCAAUUACCAAACCGCGAUCGGGAAGGGCUUGCUCAAGGUCAUGUCCAAGAUGGGAAUCUCGACGCUCCAGUCGUACAAGGGCGCCCAGGUGUUUGAGGCCGUCGGUCUCGGGCCGGACGUGAUCAACCGGUGCUUCAAGGGCACGACGUCGCGCCUCCAAGGCAGCGACCUCGCGAUUCUCUACGACGAUGUGGCCAAACUCCACGCGCUUGCGUAUGCCCAAACCGCGCACAGUCUCCGCAACCCGGGGCAGUACCACGCGCGCGAAGGCGGCGAAGUGCACUUCAACUCGCCCGCGUCGAUCGUCGCGCUGCAGAUGGCCGCGCGGGAAAACUCACGCGAGGCGUACAACACGUACCGCGACGCCACUGUCGCCGCUGCCCGCAAGGUGACGCUGCGUGGGCUCUUGGACUUCAGCACGGUGCCGGCCGACGAAAUGCCGUCGCUGGCCGAGAUGGAGCCCGUCUCGGAAAUUGUCAAGCGCUUCAACACGGGCGCCAUGUCGCUUGGCUCGAUCUCGCAAGAGACUCACGAGGCGCUGGCCGAGGCCAUGAACCGACUCGGUGGGCGCUCCAACACGGGUGAAGGCGGCGAGGACCCGCGCCGGUAUGCUCCCGAGAAUGGCAAGCCCAACAAGAAGCGGUCGGCGAUCAAGCAGGUCGCCAGCGGCCGCUUUGGCGUCACGAUGGACUACCUCACGAAUGCGGACCAGCUCCAGAUCAAGAUGGCUCAGGGCGCCAAGCCUGGCGAGGGCGGCGAACUUCCGGGUCAUAAGGUCUCGGACUACAUUGCAGCGCGCCGUCACACGACGCCGGGCGUCGGCCUCAUCUCGCCGCCGCCGCACCACGACAUUUACUCGAUUGAAGACUUGGCGCAGCUCAUCCACGACCUCAAGAACGCCAACCCCGUGGCCGAGAUCAGCGUCAAGCUCGUGUCCGAAGUCGGCGUCGGCGUCGUUGCCGCCGGUGUUGCCAAGGCCAAGGCCGAGCACAUCACCAUCAGUGGUCACGACGGUGGCACGGGUGCGUCGUCCUGGACCGGCGUCAAGCACGGAGGUCUUCCAUGGGAGCUCGGUCUCGCGGAAGCCCAGCAAACGCUCGUCCUCAACAACCUCCGGUCCCGCGUCAAGCUGCAGACGGACGGACAGCUCAAGACGGGCCGGGACGUGGUGAUUGCGGCGCUCCUUGGCGCGGAAGAGUUUGGCUUUGCGACCGCCCCGCUCAUCGCGCUCGGCUGCAUCAUGAUGCGCAAGUGCCACCUCAACACGUGCCCCGUCGGUGUCGCGACGCAGGACCCGGAGCUGCGCAAAAAGUUUGCCGGUACCCCGGAGCACGUGGUCAACUUUCUCUGGCUCCUCGCCGAAGAAGUGCAAGAGAUUGUGCGGUCGCUCGGCGCCACGUCCCUUGACGAGCUCGUCGGCCGCGCCGACUUGCUGCACGUCGACCCCACGGCGCUCCACGACAAGACCGCGCUCCUGGACUUUGGCCCGCUCCUCGUCAACGCACAGACGCUCAACCCGGACAGCGCCGUGCGCUACAACCCCGCCCACCAGCAAGACCACGGUCUGGACCAGAUCCUCGACCAAAAGUUGUUGGCGGCGUGCGAGAACGCCAUUCAAGAUGGCACGCCCGUCCAAGUGCACCUUCCGAUCUCGAACGUCAACCGCACGGUGGGCACGCUCCUCUCCCACACCAUCACGUCCAAGUACGGCGCUGACGGGUUGCCAAGUGGCACGAUCGCACUGCACUUGACGGGCCACGCCGGUCAGUCGCUCGGCUUUGGCUUGUGCCCCGGUGUCCUCUUGCACGUGCAUGGCGACGCCAACGACUAUGUCGGCAAGGCGCUCAGCGGCGGUACCAUCGUCGUCGCCCCGUCUGAGACUGCGCUUCAUGGUCAGACGAUUGCUGGCAACGCCGUGCUCUAUGGGGGCACGAGCGGCGCGGCCUUCUUCGCCGGCAAGGCGGGCGAGCGCUUCGCCGUGCGCAACUCUGGUGUCGAUGCGGUCGUCGAAGGCGUCGGGGACCACGGCUGCGAGUACAUGACGGGCGGCCACGUGGUCGUGCUGGGCCCCACGGGGCGCAACUUUGGCGCCGGCAUGUCGGGCGGAAUUGCUUACGUCUAUGACCCGACGGCGGCGCUUGCGCCCAAGUGCAACCUCGCCAUGAUCGACCUCGAGCCGCUCGACAUGCUCGACGACGACCGCGUGCACGACCUCCUCACGCAGCAUCUGGCGCACACGGGGUCGCCCAUGGCGCGACGCGUCCUCGACGACUGGUCGAACGCCAAGCACGCGUUCAUCAAGGUGAUGCCCGAAGACUACAAGGCCGUCCUUGCGGCGGCGCCGGUCCUCGCGUCCACGGCUACCUCGACGUCGCCGCAGAAGCUGCAGCUCUAG